AUGGCAGUGCUGGAUAGUAACUUCAAACAGGUGGCCAGUAUAAAAGAAAUACUUCCGAAUUCCUGGCCACCAGUGGAAGCCCACCGUUUUGACUUAGUAAACAUUGUCAUUAACGCAAACAAUGUCAAUAACUAUCGGUAUAAUUCAACAGCCUCAAAAGUAUUCAACGAGCGGACUUAUUUCAGUAUUGAAAACUGCAAGAAUAUUACAUUAGCUGAUAAUAGUGGUGAUAACAUCUCUAGCCUGGAUACCAGCUUGUUCAGUAAUACAUCGAAUGUGACGUUGCUAGAUGCCCCAACUUUCUCCAGUACCAGCCUCACAAAGAUUGUCUUCUUUGGAACCAUGUUUGUUAUUUCUUUAGUGGGCAAUGUUGCCACUUUGAUACAGAUGCGGCGACUCAGGCGGAGGAAAAGUACAAUUAACACGCUGAUUGUUAAUCUAGCGCUGGCUGAUCUACUAGUCACAUUCUUUUGUACGGCUGGGGAGGCAGCUUGGGCCGUCACAGUGCAAUGGUUAGCGGGAGAUGCCAUGUGUAAACUUGUAAAAUACAUGCAGGUGUUUUCCCUCUACCUGUCCACCUAUAUCACAGUGGCCAUCAGCUUGGAUCGAUGUGUGGCAAUUCUUGAUCCCAUGAGACGCAAUGGUGCUUCCCAGCGAGUUCGCAUUAUGAUUUUAUUCGCCUGGAUUUUCAGUGCCUUGUUCAGCAUUCCUCAGCGUGGUACUAAACUACUUUACCGAUCGAAAAGUGAAUGGUUGAUAAAAAUAUAUCCUAUAGGUCUCUUGGA